CGACUUCUGCUCCUGCCGGUGGGGGCUUGACCCCCCCUCCCGGCCCCUAUUCCGACUCCUUCCCCAAAUCCCGCCCCGGCCCCACCUCCUCCCCCGAGCGCCCCGCUCCCCGCUCGGCGUGGCUGCGCGGGGGGCAGAGCACCCCACCCCGGAGCACCCACGGCGCCCGCACCUAUGGGUGGAAGGAGGGAAGGGGGCGGGGCCGGAGAAGGGGGGGGCAGGACUCGCUCACCUGUGCCGGCCCCUUGGGGGCGGGGGGAGGGAUCGGGAAAUAAACAGGAACUGAGCCCUGGGUACCUGCCGCUCCGAUCCAGAGGGGACGAGAACCCAGGAGUCCUGACCCCCACCAGGCUGAGCCCCCCUGCACCCCUCCUUUCCUCCCCUUCCUAGGGGCCAGAAACCCGCCCCUCCCCCUCCGGGCAGGUAGAACCCAGACGUCCUGCCCCCCAUUUCUCAACUGGGUGUAGCGAACCCAGGCGUCCUGCCCCCCAUUCCCAUCCAGUGGGAGAGAACCCAGGCGUCCUGCACCCCCCAUCCAUGUCAACCCCCUCGCCGUACCCCGAGGAGGAGGCGCGGGGCCCCCCCUUCCUGCCGACGCCCCCCGCGCUGGGCGAGGAGUUCUACCCCUUCGCCACGGAGCGGCGGGGGGGCCCCGGGGCGGGGGCCGGGGGGGACCCCGACCCCGCCGACCCCGGGCUGCUGCUGCAGCGCAAGGAGCAGGACUUGCUGCUGGCCGCCGAGCUGGGCAAGAUGCUGCUCGAGCAGAACGAGGAGCUGCGGGGGCGCUGCCAGGCCCUGGCCCGGGACCACGCGGCCGCCCUGGAGAGGCUGGAGCAGGAGAAGUACGAGCUGCGCCGGCGGCUGGCGUCGGGGGUGGCCGAGUGGCAGACGCGGGGGGCGGAGCUGGAGGGGGACCUGGCGGCCCUACGAGCCCAGCUGGGCCACCAGCGGCUGGAGCAGCAGGACACCAGCCGGGAGAGCUCCCACGUGGCGCAGGAGCUGUCGGAGCAGAACCAGCGCCUAGCCGAGCAGCUGAGCCAGGCCUCCCAGCUGGAGCAACAGCUGCAGGACGAGCUGAUGGCCUUGCGGGUUGAGAAUCGCACCCUGGGGAUGAGCAGCGCCGAGCACGCGGCCCAGACCCAGAGCCUGCAGGCCGAGAACCUGAUGCUGCAGGAGCGGAAGCAGGAGCUGGAGCGUCAGACCCGGCAGCGGCGGGAGGAGACCGAGGCCGUGCAGGGGCUGGUGGAGACGCUGCACGAGAACCUCCUGCUCCUGCGCCGGGAGCUGCACGAGAAGGAGCUGCAGGCCCAGCAGCUCCGGGCCGAGGCAGAGGAGCUCCGAGUCUCCAACAGGUGGCUCCAGCGCCGGGUGAGGGAGAUGACGGAUGAGAUUCGUCUCCACGACUCGGAUGCCUCGGUCGCCUCCCUGCAGUCAGAAAUUGAGCAGAGCGGCGAGGGGAGCCCGGAGCAGAACGGGGGGCCUGCUAAGCCCCUGGCCAGGACCGUCUCCGAGGCUGCCCCUGGGGGUCCGAAGACCCCAGCCCGGGGGUCGGAAGAGGAGGGUGAAUAUGCUAAAAGGAUCUUGGCUCUGAACCAACUGGAUCAAGACCUGCUGAGACAGAAAGAGGUGGAGAUACAAAAACUCCAUGACCAGGUGAGUGUAUGGGGGCGGGGGCGGGGGGCUCUCUCCUCGCUGGGGUGGGAGGCCAUAAGUGGGACCCCGGGUGGGGGGCAUGGGGGGCUCCCCAGCAGGGGGCGCUCUCCCUGCCCUACCCCCUCUCUCUGCCCCCAGCUGACCCUGCAGCACGUGGAGCUUUGCAGCCUGCGGGGGGAGCUGGCGAGCCAGAGACGCCUCUUCCAGGAGAGCGACCGGGACGAGACCCUCAAACUGGCCGUGGCCGAUCGGGACGAAGCCAUAAUAAAGAAGGGCCAGAUGGAGCUGGAGCUGGCCCAGGUCUCUCUGGAGCGGGACUCCAUGAGCCAACAGCUGCUUGCCGCCAUCCGCCAGAAGAUGGCGCUGUCCCAGGAGCUGGAGGGCUGGCAGGACGACAUGGAGUUCAUUAUCAAGCAGCAGCUGAAGCUCCAGCGGCAGCAAGAAGGGAUCCCCAUGUCCCCCCCGGCUCCCUCCAGGACCCCGGAGCAGGCCAAGACCUCGCCUUUCUUUCGGCGCGGGAACAGUGCCCCCAGUGGCACCAGCUUCCUAUCGCUCUUCAAAAAAAGCUGAGACACUGGGGGCUGGUUCUGGAGGUUCUAGGGAGUGGAGAGGCAGAGGGGUCAGGAUGGGGUGAGUGGACACAACACACCAGCACCAAACAAAGGACGCGGCCAAACCGGCUGGUUACCGAGGUGCCACUGAGAUGAGUCUUGGGUAACUAGCUGCAAGGUCACUCAACAGGAGGUUCUAGGUCACUCAGCUAGAGAGUCCGUCCAGAGGAUUUGCAGGCACGCCACUGCAAGUCCCAGCUUUCCAAAACCGUCCCCUCUCAAUUGCCCAAGUUGAUGUUCUAGGUGGGUCAACAGCCAUUCUAGGUCCUCAACCUCCUAGGUUUAAUGCUGCAUGUUGAACAAGCAAUUGCUGCUCUAGGUUGCCCAAUCCUAUCUGACUGGGUCAUCUGCAGUAGCAGCCCAGAGGUUUUCUUAUUGCACAAUCUGUUGGCUAACUAACCAGCUGUUUGCUCCAUAUUGGCUGCACUAGGGUUCUAGAUUAUCCUACUGAGUGACCUAUAUUGGCCAGCUUUAUACAACUGGAUAUGCAGUAUUGACCAACCCCGAGUUCCCUGUUAUCCUACUGCAUAAUCUAGGUUGGCCAACUCUAUUCAACUGGAUUCUCCAUAUUGAACACACUAGGGUUCUAGGUUAUCUUACCAGGUUAUCCAACCCUUCUCACCAUGGCUUGACAAACUGGAUGGUGCUGAUUAGCCAAAUGAAUGUUUCAUGUGAGCCAAUUGAGUGUUCUAGGUUAGGCUACUGGAUGUGCAAGGAUACCCAGACGUCCCUUUCUAAAUUGGCCAGUUGGAUUAUCUGUGGUGGUAACAGUUAUGGUGCGUGAUCCUAGCCGGGGUUCUUGGUUACACCGUUCACUCCAAGUGGAUGCACCCUGUUGACAAAGACAUGGUCCUACAUCAUAUCCUGUUUGGAGUUCUAGAUCAGAGAACUCACCUCAAGUGGACUCUUCAUUGCUGGCAAAUCCUCCUGCCCCUCUAUGCUUCCCAACGGGAGGUUUGGUGUCAGCCAACUGACACUUCUAGAUCACCCUACAUCCUGUUCUAGAUUAGCCCGCUCUUCACUCCCUUGCCCAUGGAUCUCUAGCUACCAAGAUGCAUUGCUCAUCUGUGUUUUUCAGAUGAGGACUCAGGACUAACGUGUAUUAUGGACAGACAGAAGGUGCAGAAUAAGGCAUCUGUAAAAAUAUCUGCUUCAGGUUUGGUGGGGAGGUUCUAGGUGACUCAAUACAAGGCACAAAAGGUGGCUGGCCAGAACACUAGAGAAGCCAAGAGAAAAGCGGCCAUGUAAUAACCCUCAGCACUGGCCCUUAGCCAGCACCUUCCACUUGAUUAGCACUUUAUUAACACUGAUUAACCCCCUCAACCCAGCCCCCGUAAACUGAGUUCCUACCCUUAUCCCCACUUCACACGGGGCAAACUGAGGCACAGAUAGGCGAAGGGACUUGACCAAGGUCACGCAGUGGCAGAGAAGAGACCCCAGGAGUCCUGAUGCCCAGCCCCCUCUGCCGGUCUAACCCACUAGGCCCUACUCCCCUUCCACGAAGCACCCUCUUAACUGCUACUUUGGGCGAGUAUUUCCCGCUCAAGCCGCAGAACUUGUGAGGUUCUAGAUUCUCUCACACACGCAGAGCAGGGCUCACCCCCCUCCAGCCGGGGGCAGAAUAUUUUGCUACCUUAUCUGCUCAGGGUGCCCCGUGCACCUUGGGUUAUUAUAGGAUCAAAGGUCUAUCUAGCGACCCAGGGAACACGCUCCCUUACUAACCACGGUGACGCAGAGGCUGUCGGUCUCUAGUUAACGCGCUCGGGUUGUGACCGGGGAUUUUUCUAUCCCGCUGCCUUGUGCAGGUAUCAUUUGCACCGAGCAAGUAUAGAGAGAGAUGGUUACUAA